AUGCCUCCGAAAGCUGCUGCUGCAUCUGCAGCCCCUCCCGCGCCAGUCGCGGCGUCCCCCCCUCCACCAGACCCCAAGCCCAACGAUGCCAACGACAUCCUCCUCAUCCAAGACCUGAUGGACACGAUCGACCAGAUCCCUAUCGAGCUCACGCGUGUCCACUCAGACCUCAACGAGCUCGGGGCUGUUUUGUACUCUACGCUGUGCAACCUCGAGACCAAGCUGCACCAGCUCAUCAACUGGGUCCAGGACCCAUCAGUUCCGCCGGAGCGCCGCUUCCAGCUCCUCCAGGAGAUCGCCGAGGAGGCCGCUAGAUACAAGCUGGGCGGAGACGACAAGAUCCGCGUCGCGGGCGGGGCGUGCGAUGGAAUAAUGGGCCACCAGCGGCACAUCUCCGAGCUCCUCAGCGCGUCCACGCUCUUACUGAAGGACCCACCUUCCCCGUACACGGCCGCGUUGACGUUACCUCCGGCACCCAUUCCCGCCGCUACGCGCCGCGGAGUGCGGACGACAGGCUCACCGUUCGACCGGGGAACGCCAACGAAGAAGAAGCGCAGCAGGAAGGACCAGAUCGGCCGACAGGACGACGACGACGUGUCGUCUGUCAACGGGGAGAAGAAGAAGGCACCCGUCAAGCGGAAAAAGCAACCACGGGGCAUCUCGCCCUCGGAGUCGAUCGCGUCGACCGCCGCUUACGGCAAGGACAGCGGGCCGAAGACUGCGCGCCAGAUCGCCGCUGCGGCUGCCAAGGCCAGUGCGGCGGCCAAGCAGCAGCGCCAGAUCGACGACUCCGAGGACGACACGGGCGACGAGGAGCCGAGAGGCGGGCGGAAGAGCACCGCAAUGGCAGUCACUGCGUCCAACGACAGCCUUGCACCCGCCGGUGCCCUGGGUAUCGACAUCGGCAAGAGCCGAGAGGGCAGCACUGGCAAGAGCGGCGGUAUCACCCCGGGCGGGACCGGUGCCAAGGGCGCGAAGCGUGGAACGAAGCGCGGUCACGGCGAGGAGGACGAUGAAGAUGACGACGAGGAUGAGGACGUGCCUCCCGCCAAGCGCACGACAGCCAACAAGGUCGCCGUUACGGCGACCGCUGGUGCGGGCUACGACAGCGCUGAUCUCGGCGACGAUGGCGCGAUGGACGACAACCUCGACUCGAAGGUGUACUGCACGUGUCGCCAAGUGUCGUUCGGCGAGAUGAUCGGGUGCGACGACGACGACUGCGAGAUCGAAUGGUACCACGUCGCGUGUCUCAACCUCGACAAGGCGCCAGAAGGCAACUGGAUCUGCCCGCAGUGCCUUGAGCGGCGAAAGCGCAACCCGAAGGCGAAGAAGCCCUCGAAGCCCGCCAAGCGGAGCCGACCGGCGUGGCCGACUUCAGCUGCCGGCUGCGUCAUGGCUGGCCUCUAUGGCGACGCGCACCGUGUGCGCGCUUAA